CAGAGAAUGGCGGCAUCGUAGCGCCACCGCCUCAACAUUCCCUCCAUCGUCGCGAUCCCCAGCCAGCCUACGAGCCACCGGGCAUCCACCUCAUCACGCGCGUCGAACGCAUCCUAGAAAUUCAUGCAACCGAGCUUAUGUGAAGCCGACUGCAUAUGACCAUGUCAUUGGCACGAGGGAGGUCUUCCGUCACGCUGCUUGCGCUUGUCGAUGCACACUGCUCACGGCAAGCCGGUCCAAUAUCGCACCCAAUGAGAGAUGAGGAUGGGGACUUUUCAGGACAAUGCACCUGCACACUAGUAUUUGCUUUCCCCACCCGGGCAAUCUCAAAUCGUAACGGGCAAAAUUUCAUGUCGGCAGGGCCUGGAAUUAUCCUCAUCUCGAGAAGGGGACUCAUCAUCUUGUUCAGGGCGCGCGAAGAAAAGACCCUGGCGUGGAUGAGAAAGCUCCUCGAGGGGGGUUUUUCUUGGACACCACCAGCAUGUGAUUACUGCGACUUCAGGGAAAGAUUUCUGCGCGAGCGGCUGGCACUGCGACCUCCAAGCGGAUGGACUGACUGGGAGAAGCCCAUUUCACAUCGAGGUUGGUGAUCGUGCCCGGCCGAGUGCACAUCAGCGCUAAAAUGCUUUUGGUUAUUUCCGACUGAAUCCAGCUCUCAUUGGUUUACCCACCUCGGAGGCUACUAGGGUGGUGAUGUGCGAUGGAUGGUGGCACGGUGGCGCUGGGGAAAUCUCCUUGGCUUUGGCGGG